UAGACCUGGACAAAAAUUCCAAGAUUAGACCACAUAUUUAAACUUUCAGACAGCCAGAAGCAGAAGCCCGAAUUGAAUGGAGAACAGCCACCGCCAUCAGCACCGCGGCAGCGGCAGCAAAUGGAUAGCGGCGGUGGCGAGCAUACGGAUACAGUGCAGCUGCGGAGCAUCGUACGCCUUCGGAAUCUACUCACCAAUCCUAAAAUCAAGGCAAGGCUACGAUCAAGCCACUUUGGACACCGUGUCAGUGUUCAAGGACAUCGGGGCCAACGUCGGGAUCAUCUCCGGAUUCCUUUAUUCCGCCGUGGUACCCGACCGGAGAGGGAGAGGACAAGGACGGAGCUGGUUACGGCAGCCCUGGGUGGUGAUCCUGGCGGGCGUAAUCCAAUGCUUUUUGGGCUACAUCAUGAUGUGGGCUUCGGUGACCGGAAUCAUUGACCGGCCGGGGGUGGGAUUGAUGUGUUUGUUCAUGUUCUUAGCAGCUCACGCUCAGACUUUCUUCAACACCGCUAACGUCGUAACCGCUGUUCAUAACUUCCAGGAUUACAGUGGGACCAUUGUUGGUAUCACGAAGCGACAUCUCCUCAUCUCCGGCAAAUAAAAGCGUCCAGCGAUACCAUCGAUAAAAGUCUCCGGCGACAUCUCAUCAGCAAACAAAUCCCUUCUUCGCAGGCGGCAUCUCCAACUCCGACAAAGACCCAAUUUCGGAGUCUGCUUUUUGUUUGUGAGCUGUGCCCGCCAUUGUGGAUGCGUUUGCUUAUGCAGCCUCAGAAGCUUGUUUGACGGCCUAAGCACAAUCUCAUUCCCGUUCCUACAAUAGCAUUUCCAACAAGGGUGAAGACUCCUUAAGUAUUUCCAGAGGUAUGAUCUCUUGUUAGUUUUUUUUUCCCUCCCUUUUCCUUUGAAAAAUUGUCUAGAAUUACUGGUGUAGAUUCUUGAAGUUCCAUUUGAAUGAAUUUUUGUGGGUUGCUUUUGUUUUAGUUUGUUCUUACCUGAUUAGGGUUAAAUCUGAUUUGAUUGAUGCUAAUGAAUUAAUUUGGCUGCUGAGUUUUGGGGGUUUUAGACCAUUUGUAAAAGUUUUAGUGAAUUCAUUGAGUUUGUGAAGCCACGGGCUGA